AUGGACCGGCCCGGGGCUGACGUGUGGGCCGCCACCUUCCACAAGCUGAUGGCCGAGAGGAAACCACGGGACACCUGGGUGCUGCUGCCCGAGGACAGGCUGGUGGCCGGCCGCCUGGACCACGGCUGCUUCCAGUACCGGCUGAAGGGGCUCGCGGGGCUCCAGUGUGGCCACUGCUCUUGGGGCUGGGGCUCGGCGCAUGUGCAAAUCCUGUUCCACCUGUUCUGGGAUGAGGAGAGCCGCAAGGGGCUGGUGAAGAUGCGUGUCUGGGGCCAGCAGUGCAGGCUGUGCCCCCUGGGUACUCCUGGCGACUGCUGGGUGAGCCCCCCGAGCGUGCGCCCCUUCCUUAACAAGCUGGCCCUGCAUGUCCUGCGCAAGUGCUAUGGCGAGCACCCUGGCCCUGACCAGUGCCCUGGGCUCUACUACAAGGCCCCUGGUGAUGCUCCAAGGCCCUGCGAGGCCUGCAUCCUGGGUGUUUGCUUCUUCCAGAAGGUGCCAAGCCUCACCCCAGACCCCAAUGCCAUCCGGGGCACCUACAUCAUGUACAGUGGUGUAGGUCUCACCAUCACCGCCUCCAGCCGUGAGGGCAGAGUCCCGCGUAACACGCAGCUGCUGACACUCGGCAGUGGGCCCAUGGUCAGGCGGCCCAGGGGCAGUGAACCCUAUGCCGUGCGCAGGGGCUGCUUCACCAUCCCGCUUUCCGUGUCUGACUUCAUCAAGAACCCGCUCACGGACAGCAGCCACUUCUUCAGCAAGGGCGAAGGCGUCAUCACCAUCCCCUUCUCCCUCGUGGAUGACAGCAAGGACAAGGGUCUUGUCACUAACAGCAGCAGCUAUGGCCCCACUGACGAUGGCUCCCUUCCAGCCACCGACACCCGUGGGCCUGUCACCAUUGGCAAGGGCUCCCUCCGUCUCUCUGCAAAUUCCAUGGCCAUACCUGAAGGCAAGGGCAUCCCGGUGAACAUCAAAGACCCCAUCUUCCACGGCAAGGGCCUCCUGAUCAGCAACAUCGAGAGCAAGGGCUUCGAGCUCAAGGGCUUCAUCUUCAAAGGCAAAGGAUCCAUAUCGGACCCUAUUGACAUCGCCAAAGUCCAGGGCCUUGUCUACAACAGUGAUGACACCACCGCCACUGGAGAGAACCCAGUGCCAGUGUCUUACAUCAUUGGCCUCAUGGCCAACGGUGAGGGCUCCAUCACCUUCCCUUUGUCAUUUACCAACAUCAUCAAAGGCAAGGACUCCUUCACCAACAUCACUGAAGGCAAAAGUAAGGAAGUUUGCAGUAAUGGCUCUGCCACCAUUGAUUGUGAUACCCUUCUGGAGACCAGUGCCAAUGGCUCUACCACCAACGAUGAAGGUGCCAUCACCUUCCCCUUCAUCUUUACUGAUGGCAUCAAAGGCAAGGACUCUCGUAUUGACAUCACCAAAGGCAAAGGGAAGGAAGAUGGCUGCAAUAGCGAGGGAAAUGGUGGCAAUGGCUCUCUCACAAUUGGUCAUAACCCCCUUCCAGAGUUCAACACCGGUGGCCCCAUCACCAACGAGGAGGGCACUAUCACCUCCUCUAUGGACGACGUCCAAGACAAGGACUCUUCCACUGACACCACUGAAGGCAAAGAGAAGGAAGAUGGAGGAAAUGACCCUGCCACCCCUGGCCAUGAUUUCCUUAUGAAGACCAAUGCUGCUGGUCCCAUCACCUUUAGUGAGGGCUCCAUCACCAUCCCUUUCUCAGUCUUCAAUAUCAUCAAACGCAAGGGCCCCAGCUACAGCACCAAUGGCCCCCAGAGCAAUGGCUUCCUCCCCCAUGGCUACUCCAAAAAGAAGAAGCGGCUGAGGUCCCGGUUCAGCAGAUCCAGCUGUGGGUCCCGGAGGGAUGAAGACUUCUGCUCCACCAGCCCCUGUCAUGGGUCUCAUGCUGAGCCUUAUGAAGACGUCUGGAUCUGGGUUGCGAUGACCGUCUGCGUCCUCUGGCUGAUGUGCAUGUACAAGCUGAGCCCCGGCAUCUUCCAGCAGCAAGUGUGA